AUGGAUGAUGAGGACAGAAUUAAAAAUAUCUACCUAAGCUUGAAAAAUAAAAACAAAAGGGAGUGGGCUGAGAUGAUGCAACACUUAACGAAAGACCAGAAGAGGAGGUUAAUCUUUUACAUAAGGAAGAAAAAUAAAAAUUCCCUCAACAAAAUCAACAACAUCAAAGUCGAAAAGAGGGCUGAAAAGGAAAUCGAAAAGGUUAAGGCUAAAAGCAGCAGCCACCACCGGAAGCAGAUUCUGAUUGAUUACUCCAAUGUAAGGUACGACCUAAAUUUAAAAAACUACAUUUCCCGAAUUCUGCGCAUUUACAAGCUGCAAGACAACUUCGACUUCGUGAAGGGCCUCCACCUCUACAUGAACAUCCUGUGCCACGUGAUUUUUAAAAAAUUUUCUUUCGAAUACAACAAGAGGGACUCGAAAAAUAAGAACCUCCUCAUAUUCCUGAGGAACCUCUUCCCCUUUGAGUUCCAAAAUUACCAAGACAUAUAUAACAUGAGAUGGAGCAAAGAUUUCAGCGCCUCUGAAAGUGCCCCCACUGCGGCGAGCGCGGGGGGUGCGGCAAACUGGGGAGGUGCAUCAAACUCGGGAAUGGCAAAUGCCACGAUGAGUGACGCGGGGGCUCCAGAUGGGAGACCCAGACAAGUGCACCACCCGUGGGGUGAUGAGAACAACGUGAAUGCUUCCCAUCUGGGCAGUCAAAAAAAGGCCACGCAAUCUGACAAAUGGGCUAACGCCGAUCCAUUGCGCGCACACAGCUGUAGUUAUGCGGGCCUGGAUGGCGAUGCGCAGCCGAAUGGCACGCCCGCCAGUUCGUUCGAGUGCCCGCCCCCGGUGGAAAGUCCCCCAAGUGGAGCCACCGUUAAUAAAAGCGGCGCCAAUAUAAGCGCCGCUAAUGAAAGUGCCGCCCACCCAAACGUGCUAGUCAAAACGGAGCCGGAAGACCCCGACUACGACAGGGGCCGCGCGAACGAAGAGGAGACAGCCAAACCACCAGAGGUGGAGGGCCACCAAAAUGAAGACGUCAAGAGAGAAAACCCAGGUUACCAGUUCUGCAGACACAAAGACAUGAACCAAAUUUUAAAAAACCUUUACGAUGGAAAGAGAUUCGAUUAUAGAAUUCGAUUCAGGAGCCUCCUUUCCAGAACGCUAAAUCGUAGUGAGUAUGAAAGGUACUGUGACAUGAGGGAGAAAUUAUUUAAAUAUAAAAAAAAAAACUUUAUCAAAUGGCUAGCUCAGUUUACCAAUAUUAACACGCUAGAUCUCUACGUUGUAAAUUUUUUCAUUUUUCUUUUCCUCGAUCGGUUGUACUUAAUUCUGGAGACGUACAUUCGGCUCAACUACAACAGCACAGUGGCACCGGCUUCAUCAAAUGAGUACUUAUUCGACCGCGUGGAUGAUUUUCUGGACUUCACUCAUUUGCUUGAUAGUCUAACUGAUGUGUCUCCUUGCGGGGGGGAAACAACCCAGGGGGGGGUAAGCGAUACCACGGCAGGAAAACAAGACGUAGAAGUACUCAGCGAGGAGUACGACAAUAUUGUGAAGGAGAAUCCCCAAAAUUUCUUCCUCUCCCUUGAUCUGAUCUACGACAUUGACAUACACAAAUUUAAGAUAAAAAAUAAAGUCUCCUUUGAGAGGCUCAUCAGGGUGGACAUCUCUUCCUACAUCAACGAGACGAAUAUUUACGGCCUCAUCCAGUUCGACGAAAAGAAAAGCGCGAGCGCUUGGAAGGCCCUCACCCGUUUCACCCUGAUGCAGAAUAGGAACCUGAAGCUGCCCAAAUUCAACUGCUUCUCCAUUUUCCUGAUCGUCCGAUUCAAGUACUACUUAGACGAGUUCAAGCAGUACGCCAACAUCGACUACAUUUACAAAACGGUAGAGGAGGAAUACCACCAAGUGGAGAAAUAUUUGUCCGACAGAAAUAACAGCCAGGGGGAAGGAGGAGGCAUUCAUGGGACCCCCCAACAUUGUGCUCAUGAUGAGAACAGUGCCGCAGGUGCGAGAGGGGACCCUGGUAGCGAUAAAGAAUUUGAAUAUAGCCAUUUGAUUCCUUUGUACUUGGACCUCCACAAGGAGUUGAAAAGGGUCAACGAGUACGUACGCUUUUAUGGGAACCUCCUGUCGUUCGUAAACUUCAUCGAGAAAUAUGCAAACUGCAGCCCCGCCAGGAACAUCGUGAAGAUCGAGCAGGGGGAGGAGAAGCAGGUGGACUACUUCGACCACUCCUUCUUCUUCACCCCUCACUUGGGGGACAGCGUGAAGAGGGAGUAGCGACAGGCGGUGAGCGAUGAGCGGUGAGCGAUGAGCGGUGAGCGAUAAACGAUAAGCAACAAACGAUAAGCAACAAACGAUAAGCAACAAACGAUAAGCGAUAAGUGACGCCUAGCCCCGCCAAGCCACUUCCAACACAACGCAGCUUUCCCCUUUUUAGUUCCCUCUGAAUGCACUUUCUUAUCCGCCCCCCCUCAAUGAAUAACCCUUUUCUUUAAAUUCGUUUUGCCUACCUUUUCCAGAAAGACGGCUUUCCCACUUCUCCAAUUUUUUUUUUAGUUUUCCAAAUUAGUUUUGCAGCCAUAUGUUUGGCGCAUUUUGCAUGUAACCUUCCCCCUGCUCAUAGUAUGUACUUCCCAUCCUCAUGCUGCUUCUACCGCUUCACCCUUUAUUUACGAAACGGGGGUGUUUGCUUAAGGAGUGCUGUACGACCGGCAGCUGCCCCUCCUCUGCAAAGGCAUAACGCACGUGCGAAGAGCGAGCGUGCCGCUUAUCCGACCAGCUCAAUUGAAAACGAAUCCGCAAGAAGGCGUUGCAAAGGGGAAUUCAAAAAAAAACACAUACAUAUACAUAGGCACAUAUAAUAACGCACAUAUCAAUGUAAAUCUAUGUGAAGUCAAAAUGGUCGCCCCCCACCUCGGGAAAGGCAGUUGAAAAAUUGCCCUUUACACGCGACGGCGGUGAACAGAGAUACGCAAAUGCAAAACACUG